GUAGGACCGCGCCGCCGCCUCCUCCAUUUCCCGGCCAGGCAGGCCGCCUCCUCCUCUCCGCCUCGGGAAAGCCGCGCCGUGUCCGUGUCCCGCGCCCCCAGCAUGGAGUACGAGUGGAAGCCGGACGAGCAGGGCCUCCAGCAGAUCCUGCAGCUGCUCAAAGAGUCGCAGUCUCCGGACACGUCCACCCAAAGAGCAGUGCAACAAAAAUUGGAACAGCUCAAUCAGUUUCCAGACUUCAACAAUUAUCUAAUUUUUGUUCUUACAAAGUUAAAGUCAGAAGAUGAGCCUACGCGUUCUUUGAGUGGACUGAUACUGAAAAAUAACGUGAAAGCUCAUUUCCUCAACUUCCCCAAUGGGGUAACCGACUUUAUAAAGAGCGAGUGCUUGAAUAACAUUGGUGACUCAUCCCCACUAAUUAGAGCAACAGUAGGAAUCUUGAUCACAACGAUCGCUUCAAAAGGAGAGUUACAGAAUUGGCCGGAGCUGCUACCAAAGUUGUGUAGUCUGUUGGACUCGGAGGAUUACAACACAUGUGAGGGAGCUUUUGGAGCCCUUCAGAAAAUCUGUGAAGAUUCUACUGAAAUUUUAGACAGUGAUGUAUUGGAAAGGCCGCUUAAUGUUAUGAUCCCCAAGUUUUUGCAGUUCUUCAAACACAGUAGUCCAAAAAUAAGGUCACAUGCUGUUGCCUGUGUCAACCAGUUCAUUAUUGGGAGAACACAAGCUCUUAUGAUGCAUAUUGAUUCCUUUAUUGAGAACUUGUUUGCAUUAGCCACUGAUGAUGAACCAGAAGUUCGGAAAAAUGUUUGCCGGGCACUUGUCAUGUUGCUUGAAGUUCGCAUGGACCGUCUGUUUCCUCACAUGCACAACAUAGUGGAGUACAUGCUGCUGAGAACACAGGACCCUGAUGAAAAUGUGGCAUUAGAGGCUUGUGAGUUUUGGCUGACCCUUGCUGAGCAGCCUAUUUGCAAAGAAGUACUCUGCCGCCAUCUUGCUAAGUUGAUACCGGUUUUGGUGAAUGGGAUGAAGUAUUCAGAAAUCGAUAUCAUCUUACUUAAGGGUGAUGUAGAAGAGGAUGAAGCUGUGCCUGACAGUGAGCAGGAUAUCCGACCUCGCUUUCACAGAUCGCGAACGGUGGCCCAACCUCAUGAGGAGGAUGGGAUUGAAGAAGAUGAGGAAGAUGAAGAUGACCUUGAUGAUGAUGAGACGAUAUCUGACUGGAAUAUAAGGAAAUGUUCAGCGGCAGCCCUUGAUGUGCUUGCUAAUGUAUUUCGAGACGAGCUUCUGCCACACAUCUUGCCUCUGUUGAAAGAACUUCUUUUUCAUCCAGAAUGGGUAGUCAAGGAGUCAGGAAUCCUUGUACUUGGAGCUAUUGCAGAGGGUUGCAUGCAGGGUAUGAUUCCUUACCUCCCUGAGCUAAUACCGCAUCUUAUUCAGUGCCUUGCUGAUAAGAAGGCUCUUGUGCGUUCCAUUACUUGCUGGACCCUUAGCCGUUAUGCACACUGGGUAGUCAGUCAGCCCCCAGACAUGUAUUUAAAGCCAUUAAUGACAGAGCUGCUAAAACGAAUCCUUGACAGCAACAAACGAGUACAAGAAGCUGCUUGCAGUGCCUUUGCUACUUUAGAAGAGGAGGCUUGUACCGAGCUUGUUCCCUAUUUGGCUUACAUUCUGGAUACAUUGGUCUUUGCAUUCAGUAAAUACCAGCACAAAAACCUUCUCAUCCUUUAUGAUGCUAUAGGAACGUUAGCAGAUUCGGUUGGCCAUCACUUAAAUAAGCCAGAGUAUAUUCAGAUGUUAAUGCCUCCACUUAUUCAGAAAUGGAAUGUUUUAAAGGAUGAAGACAAGGAUCUUUUCCCUUUACUUGAGUGCCUAUCUUCCGUUGCUACUGCACUUCAGUCUGGUUUUUUACCAUAUUGUGAACCUGUAUACCAGCGUUGUGUGAACUUGGUACAAAAGACCCUUCAGCAAGCAAUGAUGCACAAUGCUCAGCCAGACCAGUGUGAGUCUCCAGAUAAAGAUUUUAUGAUUGUGGCCCUAGAUCUAUUGAGUGGACUAGCUGAAGGGCUUGGUGGCAACAUUGAACAACUUGUGGCUCGGAGCAACAUCUUGACUCUAAUGUACCAGUGUAUGCAGGAUAAAAUGCCAGAGGUGAGGCAAAGUUCUUUUGCGUUACUGGGAGACCUGACCAAGGCAUGCUUUCAACAUGUCAAAUCAUGCAUUGCGGAUUUCAUGCCCAUCCUAGGAACAAAUUUAAACCCUGAAUUAAUUUCUGUAUGCAACAAUGCUACCUGGGCGAUUGGUGAAAUUUCUAUACAAAUGGGAAUUGAAAUGCAGCCUUAUGUUCCAAUGGUGUUGCACCAGCUUGUAGAAAUCAUUAACAAACCCAACACGCCAAAGACUCUUUUAGAGAAUACAGCAAUAACAAUUGGUCGUCUUGGUUACGUUUGUCCUCAAGAGGUGGCCCCCAUGCUACAGCAGUUUAUAAGACCCUGGUGUACUUCAUUACGGAACAUCCGGGACAAUGAGGAGAAAGAUUCUGCUUUUCGUGGAAUUUGUACUAUGAUCAGUGUUAAUCCUGGAGGUGUAGUGCAGGAUUUUAUAUUUUUCUGUGAUGCUGUUGCAUCAUGGAUUAAUCCAAAGGAAGAUCUUCGAGACAUGUUCUGUAAGAUUCUUCACGGAUUUAAAAACCAAGUAGGGGAUGAAAAUUGGAGACGCUUCUCAGACCAGUUUCCACUUCCCCUUAAAGAACGUCUUGCAGCAUACUAUGGAGUUUAACCUAGAUGUGCUCUAGCUGCAGUCUCACCGUUAGGGGUCCUUCAGUCUGGGAGACAGCGGGGGAGCCUCUGCACCCAGGGAAAAAGCUACCCUUUAACAGGGGGGAAGGGCAAACCAGUAGGGAACACAGUACAAUCCCAAAGCCUACUGGGAGGGGCGGGAGGGAGGUGUUGCCGUCACUGUAUUAAGUCGAUGUUGGGAAACGUUUAAACCGUCUGGAGCCUUUGUGGGUGGAAAUAUGUCUCCUUUACAAUUCUGCACUGGAUGUGAAGAAGCAAAUUCUCAUCGCCAAACAGCACAUUCUGGUAUAUUGGGAAUUGUACUUAAAGAGUACCUUUAUAAUUGAACUCUAGAGGGUUAAGUAAGAAGAAACAAAUUUUUGCACACUUCAGAGGAAAUCUUAAGAAUGGGGGAUUAUAGCAGUAAAUGGCAUUUAUUUUAAAGCAAAAGGGUUGCCUAACUAUCCCACUAAUUGGGAAUUUUCUGUGUUUGCAUGUUAAUGAAGACAUAAAUAGAUGAAGUUGGCAAAGUUAAACACACCUUGCUGCGCGUAUUAAGAGCAGAUAAUUGCAGUCUACACUUCAAAUGCCUGUGAAAUAAGUUAAGAUCUACUGCAUAAAUUGAUGUCCACCAAAAUGCCAAAUUUAGUAUUUUUUUUUAUAUUAUUUAUUUUUUUUUUUCUCUUCA